GUUUCAACCUAUUCCCAGCUCCAAGUCGUAUCGACACUUGGAGACUGUUAAGUAGACGCAAUCUUGGUCACUCCCCGCUUCUACUGCCUACUAAUUAUGCGUCAUGAUGGCCUUUUCUCUGGGGUUCACAAAGCCAUCUUCACAUUUCCUUUGCCUUUAACUCCCAUAAAAAGCCCAUUAAGUCCUCCCUUCCUCGUUUCCCCUUGGUAAGAAACCCAUUCCUACUCCCACCGUAUCUUUCCAGACUCCAACAUUACCCCGAUUUCCAUUCGCAAGUCUACAAAAUGUCCACAAACGCCGUCCCAAACGCCAUCCCCAUCCGGCAAAUCACCAUCACCUUCCUGUGCGGACACACCCUCACCAGAGGCAGGACCUUCCAUGGCUCUACCUCCCAGACUCCUAGCGCCCGCAUAUCCCCGCCGGGUGCGGUAUCACCUCUUCCGCGUAACUAUGCGUCCAUCCCGUGCAGGUCCUGUAGAGACAAUAGAAUUUGGGUGUAUGAUCGGUUCAGAAGAGUGUGGGUCAAGAACAAGUAGUGGUUGGGAGUAGGGAAGCUUCAGAAGGUCGAGAAGUAGGUGGUAGCUGGUUGGGUCUUUGAUUUGUUGCAGGGAAGUGGGAAGGGGUGAGACCGUCGAUUUGGCUUGGUUGCGCUGAAGAUAUGAAUGUAGAAAUGCACGAAGAGCGUAGGAAAUUGCAACUGAGAAGUGCGUUGUCCUUGAGAUCAA